ACACUUACACAGAUAUUUGAAUAUCGACUGAUUUACAUAAUAUGAGAGAUCGGCAGCGCAGUUUAGGAUUUUUAAUGUCAGAUUUUUCCAUUCGGUAUGUAUGCAUUGAUGUGUCUAUACUUAUAUUGCGUAGCCCUAACUGCGGCUGCCGCAAUCCAAAAUUUUUGGAACGAAGAUGAAUUUUGUCGGAAGCUAAACGCAAUUCAAAUUGCAAAUAUCACAUGCAACAGUACACAGCUAAAUAUAGAUGACAUAAAUAUAUUAGACAAUGUGCGGAUUUUGUGCCGUGAACUUGAUUCAUUAACUUACGUUUGGACUACGAAGAAUAAAAUUGACGGUGUUAAAAUAGUUGUGGAAUUAAUAUCUCACGAUACAAUAGAGACGCAUUUGAUAUCAGAGACGAAUUUGACAAACAUUCGAUUCGACAGUCUAAAGCCAAACACCAAGUACGCUUCUAGAUUCCGGAAGUUGAUCAACGGCACUACGUAUCACGCAGCGGAAACGCAGGUCCACAAGACAUUGGACGUUGGACAAAACAAAGGAUUGGUCCACACGAUCAACAUUUCCAAUUUUACCGUGACGAACGAUUCUACACUAAACACGUCACUCACCUGGAUGCCGUCGAAUGACAUGAAUUGUCGCUACAAAAUCAUUUACCACUCGAAUUAUGCAUUCGAAGGGUUGGUAACUCGUUAUGUGGACGUCAAAGAGUCGUACGCUUACACAUUAAACGCUUUGAUUCCGGCCAGGAAGUACACGCUCACAAUACAGCCGUACUAUAGGUUAAAAAAAAGUCGUCAACCAUCAUCUCCGGAAAUAAGGUAGAAUUUAUGUUCUCAACGCCGUUGUGUCUGGAAUUCAACAAUUUCAACUUGAACUCGUGUCGUAAGUAUAGACAUUUGACAAGUAUAUACAUAAUAUGCAUAC